GUUUCAGCAACUUUUGCAGCAAGUUUAGUUACUAGCCCAGCUAUUGGUGCCUACCUUGGUCGAGUCUAUGGAAACAGCUUGGUAGUGGUCCUAGCUACAGCUAUAGCUUUGUUGGAUAUUUGUUUUAUUCUUGUUGCUGUACCGGAAUCACUGCCCGAGAAGAUGAGGCCAGCAUCAUGGGGAGCACCCAUUUCUUGGGAACAGGCUGAUCCCUUUGCAUCACUAAAGAAAGUGGGUCAAGAUUCUAUAGUGCUGCUAAUCUGCAUAACGGUCUUUCUUUCCUACCUCCCGGAGGCAGGUCAAUAUUCCAGCUUCUUCCUAUACCUCAGACAGAUAAUGGGAUUUUCACCUGAAAGUGUUGCAGCUUUUAUAGCAGUUCUUGGGAUUCUCUCCAUUAUUGCACAG